AGUUUAAACUCAUCCGUCACAGGUAGUUGACGUAUAGCUUCAUUCGCUUAAAAUGUGCGCCUUGUUACGCGAAAAUUAUAACACUUUUUAAACAUAAAAGUGACUGUUUGUUAAGUCUAUAAUGUGAUCAUAAUUAGCUUGUUAGAUUAGAUUACUUUCCCUGUGAUAUUUUGACGAACUAUAUUUAAAUAUUUAAGUGUAAAAAAUGGCCGAGGAAAAGAACGACGCAACGCCGUUCAUCAAGAAUGGCAACACCGCUGUCAUCACGAAAACACCUGUACCACCGACUUCUCAAAAACCCAGCAAGGCUGGUAGAGGGAAGGCCUACAGACAAGUGCUGGCCUCGUUUGUUGCCAACUUGGGUACCAUGAAUACCGGCAUGGCGUUCGGUUUCUCAGCGACUGCAUUACCGCAGCUGAAGAGUCCAGAUUCCAGUAUUCACAUAACUGAAAAUCAAGCUAGUUGGAUAGCCAGUUUAAGUGCGGCCGGGACACCUAUAGGAUGCAUUGUCAGUGGAUACCUCAUGGACUCUAUUGGCAGAAAACGCACGCUCAUUGUUACCGAAGUGCCUCUCAUUCUUGGUUGGAUUCUUAUUGCGACGGCUCAAAAUGUUUCUAUGCUUUAUAUUGGUAGGUUACUAAUCGGAUUCGGGUCUGGUAUGGUCGGUGCACCAGCCAGAGUGUAUACAUGCGAGGUGUCACAACCGCAUCUACGGGGUAUGUUGGGGGCGCUAGCAUCGGUCGGGGUCUCUACUGGAGUUCUAAUACAGUAUGUUAUUGGAAGUGUGACGUCGUGGAAUAUCCUUGCGGGGGUCAGCGCUAUCAUUCCAAUCGUAUCCCUGCUUGGCAUGAUCCUGAUUCCGGAGACACCGAACUAUCUUCUCACAAAAGAUAAUCCAGAGAGGGCAGAGAAGUCGUUGGCCAAACUACGAGGGUCAACAUGCAACUUGGAUGAAGAGAUCCAGCGAAUGAUAACUUUCAAAGAGAAGAAUCAUGUUGAACCAUUGAAAACGCCCAAGGAAAUUAUAAAAGCGUUAAUGUCGCCUUCGGCACUUAAGCCUUUUACUAUAUUAGCAAUAUAUUUUUUCAUAUACCAGUGGUGUGGUGUCAACACCAUCACAUUUUAUGCAGUGGAAGUAUUUGAGGCGUCUGGAGCCUCUUUGGACAAAUACUGGUUAACGAUAUCUAUGGGUAUUAUAAGAGUAAUUUUCACUGUGGUCGGCUGUAUUCUGUGCAGAAGAUGUGGGAGAAGGUUACUUACUUUCGUCUCAGCAAUCGGUUGCGGUUCCACAAUGGUGACCCUAUCGGUGUAUAUGUACUACGUGCAUUACUGGAAGGAGAACAACUUGCCGCCCUCGAACUCCUGGAUUCCAGUUGCCAGUAUCUAUAUCUUUAUGAUCGCUUGCACUUUGGGAUAUUUGAUCGUGCCAUGGGUUAUGAUUGGAGAAGUGUAUCCUACGCAGGUGCGUGGUAUAAUUGGCGGCAUGACGACUUGCGCGGCUCAUUUGUCAGUAUUCUCAGUUGUAAAGACUUUCCCCUUGCUCAAGCACUCGCUCAAUGAUUACGGAACUUUCGCUUUGUACGGCACCAUGUCGUUAGCAGGUACAGUAUUUUUCUACUUAUUUUUACCGGAAACGAAAGGAAAGACGUUACAGGAAAUAGAAGACUACUUCUGCGGAAGGACAAAAUCUUUAAGGAAAAAUAAAACACAAACAGAACUACCAUAAAUUAUAUCAAAUGCUCUGUGAUAUCGAAAAUAUUUUAUAAACCGUUUAUAAAAAUAAAUAUAUAUUUAUAAUAUUUUGUGUAACAUAAUAUACAUUUAUAUUACAUAUUGAUAAAAUUUGUAUUAAAUUUUAAAAUUAUUGAAUGAGCCGAUCAAAUUAUAUUCUAUCUUAUCUCGUAAGAAUUUUGCAUAAUAUGCAAUGUUAAAUGUGAGAUUAUAUUAGGUGAGAUUAGUUCAGUUAUUCGCGUCAUAUCUUAAUAAGGCGAUCGAGUCAACUGAAAAAUCAUAUUUAUAGUACUUAUAACUCAAUGCCUUUAUAUAAGGGUUACUACGCCAAUCGAUCGAUCGUCGAUCGAUGCCAUUGAUCGACGUCGAUCGGUGUCGUUCGAUUGGUGUGGUAGAUUUAGUUGAUUGACGGAUUCAGGUCGAUAAAACGUUGUUCAAUCAUCGAUCGACAAUUAAUCGAUGUAGUUGUGGGCUCAUCAUUACUAUCUUUUGGUGGAGCGGGGCGGGUUCUCGAAUAAUCAAGCAGCUCGAUCGACGUUGACUAAUCCAUUCCACCAUUGAUCGAUUGGUGUGGUAACACCCUAAGACUAAGCGAUUUUCUAUAGAAUUUGUUUGGGAAAACCCAUAAAUGAUAUAUGAUGAUAUAUACCACAAUUACGUCGUAUUUAGUAAAAAAUGUGUUUGUACGUUUUAAAUAAUAAAAAUACCUAAAUUAACCUUAAAACGGAAAACCAAUUAAGUUUUCUGUCUUGCCUCUCCGAAAUGAGAGAAAGCCUGUGACCAAAAAUAUAUAGGCUGUUUUUUCUUUCAAUAUAGAGAUUUAAUUUAAAACAUGAGGAUAAAAACUAUUUGUACAUUUUUAGACGUACUUACACACUAAGUGUACAACCUUUAAAAUUGUAAAAUAGUAUAAAUAUAUAGAAUUGAAAAAGUGAUUAACAAUUAGGUUAUUUGAAGAUUAGUGCCAUUUAACAAUUUGUAGAUAUCAAUUUAAGUUUAUAUAACAAGUUUAUAGAUAUAAUAAAUUUAUUUAUUGUUAUUGUAAAUGUUUGUAAAUAACUGUAUAUCUUGUUAGAAAUAGCAUAGUGUUCUGCAUUUUUAAAAGGCAGCUUGUUAUUUAAUGUAGAUGAAGAGAUAUCUUGUCAAUUUAUUUGGAAGCAUUUAUAAAAUGUGUUGAGAGUGUUCAAACAAGAAUGUGAAAAGUUUUUGACUGUUUGAAAUAAAUGAAAAUUG